AUGUGGUUCGUAUUGACGUUCAUGUCUCUUCUGUCUCUUACAGCCGCCAACUUUUUGCGUCACGACAUGCUGGGCUGGAACCCAUCAUACAAUUCGAGCACAUACUACUGGGGAUGCGGGACGAACACCACAGCCGCUCGAUCAGAUUGUGAGCACGCUCUCAAUCGGUUUAUUCAUAAUCCUUUUCUCACCGAAAUCGAGAAGAAUACAACCAUAUGGGCUUCGUUCAGAUCCUGCAAAGUAACCGUGGGCACCAAAGAAAAUUACGACUCUGUAAACGGCCCCGUUCAAAAGGAUGAGUUUCGAGAUAUAGCGAACUGGGGGUUCGGAUCAUUAUGUGAUUUGGGAAUGCAACGAACCUGGUUCACUCCACACAAUCACACCUGGUAUGCAUAUGUUACAGAAACGGCGUGGGACCUCGAUGACCGCCUUUGA